AUGGAUAUCAAGUGGUCCAAAGCCUAUUUCGCUGAAGCAGCUCCUACGACGUUGAAUACGGGCGACAAGAUUGUGCUUCCUUCAUCGGCAUUGGAAGAGAUCCUAUCAGCUGCCAACAACAACAGUGAGAACUUGCCGUCACCGUUGACAUUUGAGCUGCGUCAUCCUCACACACGAUCGAUCGUCUAUGGUGGAGUCAAAGAAUUCUCGGGAACAGGGGACACAGUGCAGCUGCCUUCAUGGAUGAUGGAGAGUCUACAAAUAGAGCCUAUGGCUCGCGUGGUCAUCAAGUUCAAGUCGCUACCUAAGGGAACAUGGGCCAAAUUACGACCGUUAUCACGUAAUGCCACAGAUAUCACCGAUUACCGAGCAGCUCUCGAGUCACACCUUCGAUCCCAUUACAAUACCAUGGCGACAGGCCAAAUCCUCACGUGUCGAUAUGGGUCACAAAGCUAUCCAUUCCUCGUGACCGAUCUCAAACCUGAGUCAGCUGUAUGCAUCACCGAUACCGACUUGGAGGUGGAUCUUGAACCCUUUGAUCAGGAACAGCCUCAUGUGAUGACACAACAACAACAGCAAAAGACAACGAUUGCACUCAAUGAGAUUGUACAAAGUCUUACCAUUGAAGAGGACCAGUAUCGAUAUUGGGAAUUGCAAUUGGGAGGAGGAAAUCAAAAGAACGUGGAUAUACAAAUGACAGUUGAAUCAGGAGAUGCUGACCUCUUGGUGGAUACUACCGAACGACGACCGACGUUGGAUAAUCAUGAAUGGAGUGAUCUCUCAUCGAAUACGUAUCGGAGUCUUACGCUGCCAAACAUCAAUGCAAAAAGUGUCUUUGUUGGUAUCCAUGCCCACACAUCCGCCGUUGUCAAUUGGAAAGCAAUCCCAUCAAUAUCAGAUGAUACCAUGGAUACCGCUGAGGAGCAAGAUGAACCACAUGCACAUGAGGAAGGCUAUAUACAAUGCGACAAUUGCAAGGCUUGGAUACCAGAACGAUCACGUAUGCUUCAUGAGAACUUUUGUUUACGCAAUAAUGUCCUUUGCUCCGAGGGGUGUGGUCGAGUAUUCAAACGCGGCAGUACUGAAUUGGAAAACCAUUGGCAUUGCGACAAGUGUGAUUACGUUGGUACACGUGAUGAUAUCACCAAACACGACACCUAUUUUCAUUCAACAAAGACAUGCAUCUGCAACAACUUUACCACUCAAUCCUACAAGCGUCUUGCACAACAUCGACACACUGAAUGUCCUGAAAAAUUAAUCACAUGUCGUUACUGCCAUAAUCUUGUGCCUCAAGGUGUUCAAUCAAUGGAUGCACGUGAUCGUCUCCUCAAUUUACAUUCGCAUGAAAGCUAUUGUGGUAGUCGCACCAUCACAUGCCAGAAAUGCAAACGUCAAAUACCAAUCAAGGAUAUCCAAGUCCAUGCUAAGGUCCAUGAAGUCCAACGACAAAAUCAGCAACUACCAUCCCUCUGCUGCAACCAUAAUUGUAUACGACCACGCGCCAACAACAAACUCAAACUCUGCCAGUAUUGCUUUGGCCCAUUCUGGGUGACAGAUGAUGAUCCAAAAAAUGUCAAAUUGAUUCAACGAGUAGCAAGAAAAUUACAUUCACAGUUAACAGUUGGAUGUGGUCAUUCUUAUUGUCGAAACAAGUAUUGUGCUACAUCUACACAGAAGCCUCAAGAAGCAAAUACGGCAGCAACGACAUUGAUCCCUAUGAUCCAAGGACUCCAGCGACAAAUGAUGCUACCCAAUCCAAAUCCUGAGUUAUACCUUUGUGUGGAUGAAAGUACGACGAGGAAACGAUUCUUGGCUGAAAUGCUAGAGGAUGGAACAGAACACAAGUACGAUAUUGCAUGGUGUGCAAAAGCACUUGAGACGGAGGAUGAGGAUUUGGAACGAGCAAGACAUUGGCUUGAUGCAAACGCUCCUCGGCAAUAG